CCUGAGAAUGACUGUCUUGGAGACCUCAGCCGCUACUAUGACAAGGCUGCCGGGAAGUGCUGUCACCGCUGCCGUGAGGGGUAUUCCCCGAAGCAGCUGUGCCCAGAGGGGUCCCACCACUGCGAGAGGCAGUGUCUGCACGAUUAUUACUUGGACAUCAAUGACCGCUGUACAGCUUGUGUGAGCUGUUCUGGAGACCUCGUGGAGAAGAAGCCAUGCUCAAGGAACUCCUCCCGCGUCUGUGAGUGCCGGGCCGGCAUGUUCUGUGGCACAUCAGUCGUCAACUCCUGUGCCCGCUGCAUCCCCCAUUCUGUCUGCCCAGCGGGGAUGGUUGUCAGGUUGCAGGGCACAGCACAGAGGGACACCGUCUGUGAGCCGGCUUCCCAAGGGGCCAGCCCCAACUGCAGCACCAGCCUGCAGGACUGCAAGGGCCCCACCAGUGGCGCCAUCUCCCAGGCCAAGCCCGCCCUGACCUCCCCAGCAAGCCCUGGUGCCAGGACCAUGCUUCUUGGAGGGGGCAUCCCCCUCACCCCAGAAGAUGCUUCUAAAAUGACUCCCAACUCCAGCUCCUUCAUGGGGAAGCUCGAUCCAGAUCCAGGGCUGACCUUGCAGCCCCCGUGCCCUCAGGGAUCUGCUGACUGCAGGAAGCAGUGUAACCACGACUACUACCUGGACAGGGAUGGUCGCUGCAAGGCCUGUGUGACAUGUUCAGGAGAUGGCCUCGUGGAGAAGACGCCUUGCACAUGGAACUCUUCCCGCAUCUGUGAGUGUCAACCUGGCAUGUUCUGUGCCACGCCAGUGACCAAUUCCUGUGCCCGCUGUGUCACCCGCCCCAACUGCCCGCCAGGGACGGUCACCAAGCUCCAGGGUAUGGCUGAGACAGGCACUACCUCCCAGGCUGAGCCACCUCCACCAGGGAGCCCUCCUGACUGCAGCACCAGCCUGGAGGACCGUGGGGCACCUGCCAGCCCCACCCCCUCCUUGGUCUCCCUGGCCGACUCCCUGACUGGUAAGGAGCAUGGAGGGGGUGUCACCCACGCCUGGGAGGACAUCCCAAUCUCAACCAGUGCUCCCAUCUCCUUCUCCUCCACAGGAAAGCCGGCUCUGGUUUCAGGACCUGUGCUCUUCUGGGUGAUUCUGAUACUGGUGGUGGUCGUCAGCUUCAGCUCCUUCGUCCUGUGCCACCGGAGGGCCUGCAGGAAGUGGAUUGGACAGAAGCUGCAUCUGUGCUACCCAGUCCAGACCUUCCGGCCCACGCUGGAGCCUGUGGAUUCCAAGCCGGGGAGGAACCCGAUACUGACCAAGAGCAUAUCAGUGGCAGACCCAGGCAAUGAGGAGCAGGGCUUACUGAGCCGCCCAGCUGUGGAGACCUGCCUGGAGAGCCUGCGGCUGCUGGAGGCCAGCCCAGUCAGCAACCCCCCAUCCCCCACAGACCUACCUGAACCCCGAGGGACCAUGGAGCAUACCAACAACAGGAUUGAGAACAUCUACAUCAUGAAAGCCGACACCGUGAUUGUGGGGACCGUGAAGGCCGAUGUGCCUGAGGGCCAAGGCCCAGCGGGGCCAGCCGGGCCCGAGCUGGAGGAGGAGCUGGAGACGGACUAUGCCUCCCACUACCCGGAGCAGGAGACGGAGCCCCCGCUGGGCAGCUGUGGGGAUGUUAUGUUCUCGGUGGAGGAGGAAGGGAAGGAGGACCCCUUGCCCACGACCGUCUCUGAGAAAUGA